CCCAUAAAGUGUAAUUUAUUCUGCAUUUUCCCUCAGUCUCAGCCCUGCCCUAGCAGACUCUGAAGACAAAAAACAAAGAGAAAACAGUGCAAAACUGCAAGAUCAAGAAAUGGGGACAUCUGAAAAUUUUCUUCAAGUUGUGGCAAAAAACUUUGAUGUUCUUGCAUUGCCUUUAGUCACUCUUGUUUACCCCCUGUAUGCUUCAAUAAGGGCCAUUGAGACUAAAUCUCGCAGUGAUGACCAGCAAUGGCUAACCUACUGGGUUCUCUAUUCCAUGAUCACCAUAUUUGAGCUCACAUUCUCUAAACUCCUCGAAUGUAUCCCGGUGUGGGCAUUUGCUAAAUUGAUCAUGACAUGCUGGUUGGUAUUGCCGCAAUUCAAUGGCGCAGCAUAUGUUUACAAGAACUAUGUUAGGCCAUUUUAUAAGAAUCCACAGGCUGCUCAAAAAAUAUGGUACGUCCCGAAAAAGAAGGAAAUAUUUACUAAACAAGACGACAUUUUGACCGCUGCUGAAAAAUAUAUGGAAGAGCAUGGAACCGAAGCUUUUGAAAGGCUCAUAUCUAAGGCUGAUAGAGAGGAAAGAGGUAGGAGGAACAGCAAUUAUAUGAUCUUUGAUGAUGACUAUAUUUAUUGAACUUUAUUUUACAUAAUUUAAAAAAUAAAUAACAUUAGUUUUUCUUGUAUCCCUAUGUAUACAAAACAUGAAGUGACUGUACUUUAAGAAGUACAACCAUAUUUAAUUUA